UCCAGCCGCCAAGAUGGCCAUGAAAGAUCUGUUGAAAGCCGAUGACAUAAAGAAAGCCAUGGAUGCGUUUGCAGUGGCGGACUCGUUUGACCACAAGCGUUUCUUUGAGAUGGUGGGUCUGAAGGCCAUGUCUGCUGACAACGUGAAGAAGGUGUUCCAGGCGCUGGACGUGGACGCCAGCGGCUUCAUAGAGGAGGAGGAGCUCAAGUUCGUGCUGAAGGGCUUCGCCACGGACGGCCGGGACCUGACGGACCGCGAGACCACUGCCUUCCUGACCGCCGCCGACAAGGACGGAGACGGCAAGAUAGGGAUCGACGAGUUUGAAGCCUUGGUGCACGAGUAGAGCGCAGAGCCCUCUCAACCCUUCCCCUGCUCUCACCCCCUCACCCCCUCACCCCUACUCUCACCCCCCACCCCUACUCUCACCCCCUCACCGCUACUCUCACCCCCUUCCUUCCCGGUCUCACCCCUCCCCCUUAGUCUCCCUCCCUUCUCCCCCAGCCCACCAGUAUUCAUAUUUUCAUCUGCACCCCCUCCUCCUCCCUCCAGCCCACCUUCUCUGCAACCCUUCCCAGUCCCUCCAGUCUGUGCUCUGUCUUCAGCACCCCCACCAAAGCCACAGGGGGGCGCCAGCGAGCCAACCCCUUCAAAGAAUACUGUGGUACUGUGUGAAGAACAGCAGAGUUCAACUCUGGUCGGUUAUUGUCUUGCCUGCUAGUGAGUUUAGUUUAUUCAUGAGCUUUUAUUUAUUUGUUUUAUUUAUUUUUAUUUACGUGAAAUGUUGUGAACAUUUCCUGUUACAUUUUGAGACUUUAUUUGAAACCUAGAAAUGUGCCAAAAACAUUCAGUUCUUCUUUCUGUUUUACAAUGUUUUAUUUUGUGUUAUUUCUAUUUUUUUCUCUCUUACGUUUUUUUCUUUUCUUCAUCCAUACCGUUCCCUCCUUUCCUCCUCACAUCUUUCCCCUCUCUUCCUCUCUUAUCCAGUGAAGAAAUGAUGCAUAAAUAAACUGAUAAACGAUAGACACCAAGCUUUGAAAAGAGAGAAGUGAUCCACUUAAGAAACAAAUAAAAACGCCUUGAGGAAAAAAAAA